AUGAGCCACAUAAUUGAGAACUGGAUUCGUGCCGUUCUGGGUUUAUUGAUGGUGUUCAUUUUGGUUGAGUGCAAACGUGACUAUUACGAAGUUCUCGGCGUUCCCAAAAAUUCGGAUACCACGGCCAUUAAGAAGGCCUACCGGAAACUCGCUCGGGUAUACCAUCCCGAUAAAAACAAAGAUCCAAAUGCGCAGCAAAAAUUUAUUGAGAUCAAUGAAGGUGAGCUCAGUUUACCUGAAGGGUUGUGA